AAGGACUGAAUUAACAACACACUCCAUCUAUCCUCCAAAAAAUACUCUGAGACCCUGGAAAAUAAUCUGAAAGUCAGGGUGGGGUGGGGGGUGGGGGGAGGGAAGUAGGGGAAAUGGCAGAGAUCACAGAGAUCUUCCUUAAGAGAUUAUGUGGUGAAAAAUUAACUUGACCCUGCUGGGGGGAUGCAGAUGAUUUAGACGACAGGGCCGUCUUCGGGGAUCUGACACUUUCCUUCCAUCCAGCCCUUGUAGUCAAAGGUCAUGUGUAUGCCUGUAAAAUCCUAUCUGGUAAAAGCAGCUCCUUUGUUCAAAGGCCAUCUUCCAAUUGAAUCAUUGUCCCCAAGGACAGCUGCCCCCUGACUUCAUCUGCAUUGGAGAAAUCUCAAAAGCAAACGACAUAGUGCAAACAAGACCAGCCGGCUCUCUUCGCACUUGGGGCACAACUCCAUCAGCAAUCCCGGGCCCUCGGGGACAAGAUCUCUCUCAGCUGCCCCCACUGACCCUCCUAAACUCCCCGGAAAAAAGGCAGAAGGCAUCGGUGGCAACAUGAGCGCUCAAGACCAACGGGUAUUCUCCCUGUUCAUUUUUGCCAUCGGAGUAUAUGCCUGUGUAGGAUUUGCCACAAACCGAAUUAAGAGAGCUGAAGAAUGGGAGGAGGGCCCUCUCUCAGUCCUUUCAGAUGCUCCCAGGACCAAUACUUCUAAUUCCUGCAAGGGCAGAUGCUUUGAACUCCAAGAGCGUGAGGACAUGGACUGUCAAUGUGACAACUUAUGCAAGAGUUAUGGUAGCUGCUGCCAUGAUUUUGAUGAACACUGUUUGAAGACAGCUCGUGGCUGGGAAUGCACUAAGGACAGAUGUGGAGAAGUAAGAAAUGAAGACAAUGCCUGUCAUUGCUCUGAGGACUGCUUGGCCAGAGGAGACUGUUGUACCAAUUACCAAGUUGUUUGUAAAGGAGAGACCCAUUGGGUGGACGAUGAUUGUGAGGAAAUAAAGGCGCCAGAAUGUCCUGCAGGGUUUGUUCGUCCUCCGUUAAUCAUCUUCUCUGUGGAUGGGUUCCGUGCAUCCUACAUGAAGAAAGGCAGCAAGGUCAUGCCUAACAUUGAAAAACUAAGAUCUUGUGGCACCCAUUCUCCUUACAUGAGGCCUGUCUACCCUACAAAAACCUUCCCUAACUUAUAUACCUUGGCAACUGGACUUUACCCUGAAUCACAUGGAAUUGUUGGCAAUUCGAUGUAUGAUCCUGUAUUUGAUGCCACUUUCCACCUUCGAGGACGAGAGAAAUUUAAUCACAGAUGGUGGGGAGGCCAACCGAUAUGGAUUACAGCCACCAAGCAAGGAGUGAAAGCUGGAACAUUCUUCUGGUCUGUUGUCAUCCCUCAUGAGCGAAGAAUAUUAACAAUACUGCAGUGGCUUACCCUUCCAGACAAUGAAAGGCCUUCUGUGUAUGCCUUCUAUUCUGAACAGCCAGAUGCAGCUGGACACAAAUAUGGCCCAUUUGGCCCUGAGAUGACAAAUCCUCUGAGGGAAAUUGACAAAACUGUGGGACAGUUAAUGGAUGGACUGAAACAGCUGAAACUACAUCGUUGUGUUAAUGUCAUCUUUGUUGGAGACCAUGGAAUGGAGGAUGUCACAUGUGAAAGGACAGAGUUCUUGAGCUCUUAUCUGACCAACGUAGAUGAUAUUAUCUUGGUGCCUGGAGCCUUGGGACGAAUUCGUCCUAAGUCUAGUAAUAAUGCUAAAUAUGAUCCCCGAACGAUUAUUGCCAAUCUCACUUGUAAAAAACCAGAUCAGCACUUUAAACCUUACUUGAAACAGAACCUUCCCAAACGUCUGCACUAUGCUAAUAACAGAAGAAUUGAGGACAUCCAUCUGCUGGUGGAUAGAAGAUGGCAUGUAGCAAGGAAAUCGGUUGAUGUCUAUAAGAAACCAUCAGGAAAAUGCUUUUUCCAGGGAGAUCAUGGAUUUGACAACAAGGUCAAUAGCAUGCAGACUGUUUUUGUAGGUUAUGGUCCAACAUUUAAGUACAAGACCAAAGUGCCUCCAUUUGAAAACAUUGAACUUUACAAUGUCAUGUGUGAUCUCCUGGGAUUGAGGCCAGCUCCUAAUAAUGGGACCCAUGGAAGUUUGAAUCAUCUCUUACGGACUAAUACACACAGGCCAACCAUGCCUGAUGAAGUUUCAAGACCCCUCUACCCUGGGGCUCUGUACCUUCACUCUGAUUUUGACUUGGGAUGUACAUGUGAUGAUAAGAAUAAACUGGAAGAACUCAAUAAACGCCUUCAUCUGAAAGGGACAACAGAAGAGAGACAUCUCCUUUAUGGUCGACCUGCAGUACUUUAUCGGACUAGAUACAAUAUCUUGUAUCACCAUGAUUUUGAAAGCGGUUAUAGUGAAACUCUCCAAAUGCCACUGUGGACAUCCUACACUGUUUCCAAACAGGCUGAGGUCUCUAGCAUUCCUGAGCAUUUGAUCAAUUGUGUACGACCAGAUGUUCGUGUUUCUCCAAGUUACAGUCAGAACUGUUUGGCUUACAAAAAUGAUAAACAGAUCUCCUACGGAUUCCUCUUUCCUCCCUAUCUGAGCUCUUCUGCAGAAUCUAAAUAUGAUGCUUUCCUUGUCACUAACAUGAUUCCAAUGUAUCCUGCCUUCCAAAGAAUCUGGAAUUACUUCCAAAGGAUUUUGGUGAAAAGAUAUGCAACUGAGAGGAAUGGAGUCAAUGUCAUCAGUGGACCCAUCUUUGACUAUGACUAUGAUGGUUUACAUGAUACACAAGACAAAAUCAAACAACAUGUUGAAGGAAGCUCCAUUCCAAUCCCCACUCAUUACUACAGCAUCAUUACGAGUUGCCUUGAUUUCACGCAACCUGCUGACAAGUGUGACGGCCCCCUCUCAGUCUUUUCUUUCAUCCUUCCUCACCGGCCAGACAAUGAGGAGAGCUGCAAUAGCUCAGAAGAGGAAUCUCGGUGGGUUGAAGAUCUCUUGAAGAUGCACACUGCCCGUGUGAGGGACAUCGAGCAACUCACCAGUCUGGACUUCUUCCGAAAGACCAGUCGGAGCUACCCUGAAAUAUUGUCCCUAAAGACAUACCUGCAUACAUUCGAGAGCGAGAUUUAACUUUCUGAUCUUUCUCAGUGUAGCCCUUUAUCAACUGGUGUAUAUUUUUAUAUUGUUUUAUAUUUAUUAAUUUGAAACCAGGACAUUAAAAAAGUUAGUUAUUUUGCUCCUAUACCAAAUCUGACAUAUUAAGCCCAAGUGUCACCACUGUUUUUCUCUAAUGCUUAAUUUAGAUAGGCUUACAUUUUGAGUAGAGCUUGUGAUACUGCAGUUUGAGUUUUUAGUGGAAGCUUCUGAAUGGUCCUGCAGGAGUGAUAUUUGCAUUGAGGAAAUAUUAAUCUUCUAGUGCACAGUUGCUACAUUUAUAGUCCUGUACUGUAUCGAAAUACUGAACUUGUAAAGUUACAUUCAUUUACUGUUAACGAUGACAGACAUAUUUAAGCCUUAUAGACCAAUCUUAAAUAUAAUAAAUCACACAUUCAGUUUUGUAAUGUU